AUGCCUGUCACCCGAGCCGCCGCCUACCAUAGAGCUCCUCUCAGCCCGCAGGACAAUAAAGCCAAUUCCCUAGUCCAACAAGCAUCCGAGAGCUCCGCCAGCCUAGUCGUCUCCCAGAACCACACAUCAGCCUCCCUAUCUGGAGCGCCCCUCUGCGCGCCAACAGAGAACCGCCCUCUAUUCCACCGCAUGGUACACGACUCUAUCUAUGCAGACGGACGAGAAAUCAAAGUUCCCUCAUCCUCAGCCGCCCAAAACACCAAGACCACAAUCAGCAUCGAAAUCAGACAAGCCCCAAGCGAACACAGCCCACCUCGUAACCUCUACAACUCGAACAUGAUUAUCGACUUAUCAGGUACCGUCGCCGUGCACCGAAAAUUCAUGCCAUCCUCCUUCGAGAAACUCGCCUGA